GUCAUUCUUCUCUUUUUAAAAGGAGAAUUGUCUCUCUGUUAUCUGGAUUCCGCGCUUCCAGCAACUCUUGACGGCUGAUCAAACAAGUCAAUAAAAGAGGUGAGACGCAAGACAGAGGGCGGAAAAUAUUGCUGUGUCUUCCUGCUCCCACUUUUCAAUUCCUCUACGAACACACGGUUUUGCGUCAUGAGAGUUAAACGGAUAUCUAGUUCUGUAGACUGCAGAUAUGCCAUGUACGUGCGACAGUUUCUCCUGCUGACUUCUUCCUGUGCGAUGGUGCAAAAUGGAGUAAAACCGCUGUAGGGAGGGCGCACAAAAAAGGAUGUCUAACUGGACGACUGUGGAGGGCCGAGUGCUGUCGUGACCCCCUCAUGUCCAAUCUCUCUUUUGGGGACGAAUCUGGAAGAACGGAGGUUGUGUUACUGGAAACAGAUCGACGCUUUGAUGAACGUCGGAAUACGGGAUGACAGGGACUGGCAGAAGCGUAGAGUGCACGGAAGCGACACACAAGCUCGGGAGUUUCUUUUUCAGGGACAGUGCCACAUCGCCCUGCAGUUGAUUUUCAGUCUUCCCCGCUGAGAUCGUAUCUGCUUCAAUCAGGUGUGAAAGCUCCUUGGUGUAUUUUCUGGUGCAAGCCGUUCAACAACGGACUUGCUCCUGGAGAGCUGCCGCGGCAGCUCUUGCAUCUGUGAAUGUAUAAGUGUGUUUGCAUAUAUAUAUAUAUAUAUAUAUAUAUAUAUAUACGGCAAUGCGUCAUGAGCUUAAUCCUUGCAUGUUAGUAGUAGACACACCGAAAUGCCUCAUUUUUCCGUGAAGACGUAGGUGCCUCUUAGCUUUAUAUUUCAAGUGUGUUCAAAACGGUCCUGCCAUCACUGUUCCAUUUCGAGCUUGAUAAUGCAGCUGAAAUUCGUCAUGAUCUACCAGACUGUCAUCAUUGAGUUUUUCGCAGUCUUCUCUAUCGUAAUGCGCCGUAUGAAGGAACCCAUUUCCCGGAUUCCACGUUCCCUCAUUCAGGCGACUUGCUGCACAGGCAUGGUCGCGAUGGCGGACAGGAAGGCGGUGAUCAAGAAUGCAGAUAUGCCUGAGGAUUUGCAACAGGAUGCAAUCGACUGUGCAAAUCAGGCACUGGAAAAAUAUAACAUCGAGAAGGACAUCGCCGCGUUUAUCAAAAAGGAAUUUGACCGCAAGCACAACCCCACGUGGCACUGCGUCGUUGGCCGGAACUUCGGCUCAUAUGUGACGCAUGAAACCCACCAUUUCAUCUAUUUUUAUAUUGGGCAGGUUGCUGUUUUGCUGUUCAAAAGUGGCUGAGAAACAUGCGAAGUGGAGCGAUUGUCUCCCAGAUUGCCUUUUCUUGUUGGAAAAGUGUCCGGCAACAACCACACAGAAUCAUGGUAUUUCUCUCCCCGUUUUGGCAUAGGAAGCGCGUGGCGGUUUCCGUGCUAUGCAUACCCC